AUGGCACAACAGUACAAGUUCGUUUUCACUGCCGAACAAGCCGCAUCCGAAGGUGUCACCGACCACAAGAAACUUCCGAAGCUAAUCAGAAAGGCUAGGAAUCUCGUUAAAGCACCAAGCAAAGUCGGAGCCGUUGGACGCGCAUCAUCUGGUCGAUUCUACUUAGGCGUCAAUGUAGAAUUUAAAGGUCUUCUUCCUCAUUUUUCCAUCCACGCUGAGCAAUUCCUGAUCGCCAACCUUGCCCUCAAUUCCGAGCCAAAACUCACUCACUUAGCCGUCUCCGAUAAUGGCACCGUCUUCCAAGACCCGUGCUACGACUGCACCCGCUUUCUUAAGGAGAUCAACAAUGCACAUCAAAUUGAAAUUCUGAUCAAAAACGCUCACGGCCGAGACGGAUCAUUCAAGAGCCUCGAGAGCCACAUGCCAGACGAAUUCGGCUCCGAAAGUAUCCUCUCGGCAGAACCCUCUCUCCUUCUCAUGGAGCGCGAUAACUGUCUCGCCCUCAUCGAUGAAGAUUCCGCCGCCGGAGGGAUCUCCUCCAAUGCGGACCUUUGUUCCUUUCUAAAGUUGGAGGCUCUAAAGGCGGCGAACAAAUCAUACGCGCCAUACAGAAAGUGUCCGUCAGGGGUGGCGCUGUUUUGCGAAGGGGAAGUGUAUGCAGGAUGGUACAUUGAAACAGUGGAUCGGACCAUUAGUUUGGGGCCAGUACAAGCGGCGCUGGUUGAUUUCAUAGCUCGUGGCGAAGGCAAAGGGUUCGAUAAGAUCACUGGAGCUGUGCUAGUGGAGAAGAAGGAUGCGAAGGUGGGGCAAGAGGACACGGCGAGGAAGCUUCUAGAGAAGAUAGCAGCUCCGAACUGCGAUUUCAAGGUCUUCCAUUGCCAGGAGGAGCGUAAAGAUUGGAUCACCGGAGCUGUGCUAGUGGAGAAGAAGGAUGCGAAGGAGGGGCAAGAGGGGAAGCUUCUAGAGAAGAUAGCAGCUCCGAACUGCGAUUUCAAGGUCUCCCAUUGCGACGAGGAGCUCAAAGAUUGGAUCAAACUAUAAUUAAAGGGAUA